AUGGCCGCCUGCCCUCUCCAGACCACGACCUUGCCUCCCAGUUCUUUGGGGGACACUGAGGCUAAGUUUGGGGGUGCCAACUCGAGCUCGAUCGAGUUGGGUGUCAAAAACCAGAAAAGUGAGGAGUAUGUAUACUCUGAGGAAGAGUCUGAGGUCGAGAGAUUGAGGGAGGAGAGGAGGACCAAGAAGAGGAAUGACCCCAUUAGUAGUGAGAGUGAGCAAGGGGAGUUUGACAUUGGAGUGAACCUUGUUCAAGAGGAGGGAAAUGGCUCUCCAAGUGAAGAAGGAAGUGAUGAGACUGAGAGUGAAGAGGAAGGAGAAGAGGUGAAUCAGUUGGUUGAAGAGAGUGAGCAAGAGAGUAACCAAGGUGAACCUAUGGAGGAGGUUGAGCCACAAGAGGAGGAAGAAGAACUCCCUAUGUACCAAGAGCACUACAAUGCCCUCUUCUCCAUGGACUUUAUGGAGACCAAGUACCCACAUGUUGACACAAUGAAGGCCCUUGGAAUCUUUGAAGAUGUGGAGCUAGUUCUCAAGAACAUGCACUUGGGAAGGUUUUUCUCUCAUCACAUGGAAUCCUACAAGGAGUUCACUUGCGAGUUCUUAGCUUCAAUGAGGUACCACAUGUACGAUGAGGAGGAUAGAGCUGAUUUGGACCAAGGAUUGGGAUGGAUCACGUUCUUGGCUAAGGGAGAGAAGAGAAUGGUGACCUUUAGGAAGUUGGAGAUAUUAUUUGGGUUCAACUAUGGAGAAGGUAUUGAGUGGAACUUCCAGGAAAGUGAACUCCAGAGGGUUUGGGCUACAAUCGCUGAUGGAGUAUACUCUUCCUCAAGGUCCAAGGCUGCUCAAACCAGGAGCCCAGUCUUGAGGUAUGUGCACAAGGCACUUGCCAACACCUUCUUUGCAAGGAAGGCAACAGGGACCAUUAACGAGGGGGAACUCAAGCUUCUUGACAUGGGAAUCAAGCCCAUCCUCUCACGCACAAGCGAUGGCAAGAGGAUCAGGGGAGACAGAGCCAACACAGGAAACUUGAUGCCUUUCCUUGAUCACCUCACCACCUACAAGACCACAGCCUACAACACUCGAUAUCAACAAGGGAGACGCCUAAGUGUUGGAGGGCUCAUCACUCCUAUCUUGUGUGCUGCUGGAGUGAACCCAACUGAUAAGAAAGCCACUGAACCAGGUUGGAUGGACAUCAAGUUUUGCAAGACCAACCUCCUCAUUGAGCACAAGGAGUUGGAUGGGAGGUUCCAAUUCAAGUUCACACAUCCAUUGGUUGGACCUUCCAAGUUUCUCCUGCCCAACCCUGAGCUUACAACAAUAGUCAGGGGUGAUAACAUUGACUUCAGACCCCCUGUAUACACAUUGGUUGGGCAAGAGAACGUUUUGCACCGAUGGAAUCUACAGGAGAUGUGUAGCUGA